UCCAAAUCUUAAUAAUUUCAGAAAACAUGACAAUGAGCACGGAGUUUGAGACGGAUCAGGGUAGGACGGAUGAGAAUAGGACGGAGCAAGACAGGACUGAGAUGAGUAAAUUACUUGAGGAGAUUGCGAAAGGAGCUAAAGAUACCAGGAACAGAACAACUGUACAAAACCUAAUAAAGGAUAUAAAAGAAGGAGGGGCCAGGAAAGAAGGAAUUUCAUUUCUAGACUUGAAAAACAGACUACUUGCCAGUUACAUCUCAAACCUGGGAUUCCUCCAGCUAAAGAAGAUGCAAGGGAAGGGUCUAGAGGAAGAAUCAGCUGUUCAUAGACUCAUAGAAAUAAGAACAGUUCUUGAGAAGAUUCGACCCAUCGACCAGAAGCUUAGAUAUCAAGUAGACAAACUCGUCAAUAUCGCCGAAAAUGGUGUCAUUGACGAAAACGAUCCCCUCAGGUUCAAACCCAACCCCGCAAACCUGUUGUCCAAGUUGGACGAUGAAAGUGAGAAUGAGGACGAGGAGGCCUCCAAGAAUCCCUCCGAGCAGAAAUUUAAGCCUCCGAUGAACGUCCCUCAGUACUAUAUGGAGGGACGAGGAGAGGACAAAGGAUUGGAGGAAGGAGAGAAGAGUAAGAAAAGAGCAAUAUCUAAAAGUAUUAUGGAGAGCAUUAAAGAGCAAUACCUGGAUACACCGGAAGAGGUUUCUCAUAAGGUUGAUACAAUGCGGCAAAAGUUCAUAGAGGAGGAAAGAGAGCGGAUACGGUUAGAGGAGGACAACUUCAUUAGACUUCCGGUCACUAAAGCAGACAGAUUGAAACGGAAACAGAUGAUGACUAUGUCAAGUGUCGGCGACGAUUUAACUUCCUUCGGCAAAAGCUUCUAUGAUGAUCAAGCUCCAAGCUCUGGGGGAAAGAAAAAGCGGAAAGCUUCCCACGGCGGAAAGAAAAGUUCGAAGAAAUUUAAAAAGCGAAAAUUUUAGAAGAAUUUUUUUUUAAAUAUUUAUAUUUUUUAGAAAA